UUGAGGAAGCCGAGGAGCGACCUGAUCCGUCAGACCCGUCGGACUCUGCCGCGGUGACACAGGUGAGCCCGCUCCGCUCCUCCAGGCUCCUCCAGGCUCCUCGUCACCAACACUCCGCCGGGCCGCCGUCACACCGAGCUCCGCAGCGGGUCGGGUCCGGCCCCUCUGUGCCGGGGGGUUCCCCUCUCCAUCAGGACCGUGGGAGCGAUGCGACGUCUCGGAGGCGGGGGAGGAGACGCAGUGGCCGGACAGCAGCAGCAGCAGCAGACACCUGCGAGCAGCGUCUGAGAAACACGUUGUUUCCGUCACGUCACAGAACAGGUUUACAUUGCGGUCAUCACUAUGACUGAUGGGGAUUAUGACUACCUUAUAAAGCUCCUGGCCCUGGGGGACUCCGGCGUGGGGAAGACCACCUUCCUGUACCGAUACACAGACAACAAGUUCAACCCCAAGUUCAUCACCACAGUCGGCAUCGACUUCAGGGAAAAGAGAGUGGUGUACACGGCGUCCAACACCAAUGGGACGACCACGGGGAAAACCUUCAAGGUUCACCUUCAGCUCUGGGACACGGCCGGACAGGAGAGGUUCCGCAGCCUGACGACGGCGUUCUUCCGAGACGCCAUGGGGUUCCUGCUGAUGUUCGAUCUCACCAGCCAGCAGAGCUUCCUCAACGUCAGGAACUGGAUGAGCCAGCUACAGGCCAACGCCUACUGUGAGAACCCCGACAUCGUGCUGGUGGGAAACAAGGCCGACCUGGCCGACCAGCGGGAGGUUCAGGAGAAACAGGCCAAGGAGCUGGCCGAUAAAUACGGCAUCCCGUACUUCGAGACGAGUGCGGCGACGGGGGCCGAGGUGGACAAGUCGGUGAUCACGCUGCUCGACCUGGUGAUGAAGAGGAUGGAGCAGUGCGUCGACAAGCCGCCCGCCGAGCCCGCCAACGGGAACGGCGCCACGAAGCUCAGCGAGGCUCAGCCCAACGAGAAGAAGUGUGCGUGUUGAGGAUCGAGAGGGCGACUUCGGGAUGAACGACCAGCCGGCGCUCCUCCUCCUCCGGCUCUCCUCGUCACAUUCCCUCCACCGUUUACUUUCCUGCCUCUCGUCAUCUGCAUGUUUCUUUGUCUUCUCUCUAAAACUAACCUCUUAUUUUUCUCCCUCUGCCAAACUGUUUGCCUCUCUGGCAGUGAAACAACUCUACCCCCCUCUACUGGAUGUCCCCGUCACUACACUCAGCCUGUCUGUCUGCAGUUGGACUCUUGUUUAAGGGGAAAAUUAAUAUCUCAUUUUGCAAGUGUCAAAGAGAUGUUGCAAACCUUUGUGUGUUUGUCCUCACCGGACCAGGAGGAAAACUGUGUGUUUUUGUUUUUAUUUCUUCCCCUUUCACACUGUGUUUCUAUGCUGUACCCGUAUUUGCCACAAAAAAAGGUCGUUCCACAUUAUAUACAUAUAUGUUCUUUAUGUGGUUCAAUAAUUUGGAGACAUUUUCUAAAAUGGCACCAUGUAGGAGAUCUUCACCGCACGAGUGAUAUCGGCUGUUGACGGCUGAUUUAGUCUUUCUAAUCUUUCUGCACAUUGAGUCAAUUCUCGUCAUAUGAAAUGUGCAAUAUUCAUAAACAUGACUUGACUUAAUCAUUCAGCCCGUCCAUCAGCUGGGAUACGAUCCGUUGUUUUCUUAUUUAUUAAACGUGACGCACACUUCUCUGCUGGUUUUGCUCGUUCAUACUUCUGCCAUACAAUUUAUAAGAAUAACUUUUUUUCCCCUUAUAAUUUGAAUGUUUAUGUAUUGUAUUGAUAACAUCAGAUACUUCACCAUUUCUCUAAUCUCAUAAAUUCUCUGUUGGAUGCAGAUAAUUUCCAAUCGAUAGCGUCCGACUAUUGGCUGAAUGCAGGUUUGCUAAUUAGUAAAAUGUUUAUAUCAUUGGUCGGAUAUGGGUACGGCAUGGUGCAUGUGCAACGGAGGGGGAAAAAAUAUACCACACAUCAUUAGUAGAGAAUCAUAGACCAGGAUACAUUUGAAUUUGUUCCACACUGAUCUACUGCCUUGGCUUUUAAAGCGUUAUUCCACCGAGAAGCACCGUCUGUAAGAAAAUUGCCUUUUCACAUUUGGUUUGAAUAAAAAAGAGGAUAAUCAUAUGUAACCAGAAUUUUUUUCAAAUCGUAAAUCAAUCAAACCUUUCUGGGAAUGAAAAUGUGACGUUACAUCUUCAGAGUAGCUGAAUCUACAGUUCUUUUAAAAGUGAAAUAUCGCUUUAAGGCCCCCACACAUGAGAGGUGUUGUUAGAAUAUGACAGUUAUUUAUAUUAUAAGAAAUUCUAAAAGGUGGAAUAUCAUUAUUUCUAUUGUCAUAUUUCACAUGUUUUUGUUACAUCAUUUAUUUCUCUCACGCUCAUUUUGUGUCUCAACUGCAUUGAUUAUCCCCAAAAAUUACCAAUUUAUUAACAAUAUUUGUGUGUAAUGUGGAAGAAAAUACACUAUUAUCAACUCCUGAAGAAGAACAGUAGAAAUUGCUUUGCUCUGAACUGGACUUUUUUUUUUUUUUUUUUUUUACCUUUUAAAAGUUUUUGUGGACCAACUUUUUGUUGUGUUAUACUCUAUUGUUUUUUUUAUAUUUAUUUUUAUUGUGUACCAAACCAUUUAAAUGCCGGUGUGUAGAAAGUUCAUGAUGCUUUGCUCGGUCACAGUGGGGAAAAAACCCAUCUGUCUUUAGAUAGAAGCCAUUUAGAUGGAAAUUUACAGUAAAAGAAACAACAGCAGUUUA